CUGGCUGAUCAUCUCUGCUAACUCCAUAACUCCUAAAAUGCUGUGCGCGUGCACGUAUUUCCGAAUUACUUGUAGCUGCUGCCACAUGUUUCGUUACAAUAAUGGAAGCGCAAAACCGGCAUCCUAGGAAUCGUUACAUGAUUUCUACGGGCUACUACAACUGCAACCAUUGGUCCUUAGUUUUUGUGUUUCUACUUUUUGCAGCUGUGCAGGUAUGCCAUUCGGAAACCGAGAAAGAAUUACCCAAAGUAUCCUUUCAUCCCAAUACCCCUCUACGCGUCCAGCUAGCAAAUCAAGGCAUCUACAUCGAGUGCCGCAACAAUGUCGCCGGUAAACCGUACCCCCAUGUCACAUGGAUCGGUCGCGAUGGAAACCCCUUGCCGGAAGGCACCAGUCCAAAUGACCAUCCAGAGGGCACGCAUCGCACCGGAAAUCACAGUGGGGCUUUAUUUCCUAUCCCAAUCCCUCUUCCUGUUCCGGUUGAUGGAUUCAGCACCGAUUCGGUUAUUGUGCACAGCACUACCCCGACGUCUGAUGGAGACCAAGGCCAAGCAAUAGGAGUUGGUCAACCUUCGCGCGCAACGAUCAUCCCUGCGGGACCAAUCCAUGGGCGGGUGGGUGAUCCAGUCACUGCGGAAUGUGCUGGCCAAGCGCCGGAUGAUACGGUGUAUUGGCGUCGUGGCGCGGUGGAUGGACCGGUUGUCGGCGGUCCGGCGCAAGGCAAGCUGAACCUGCAGAUUCCCGAUGCGAAGAUCGAAGAUUCCGGGCAGUAUGUUUGUGUUGUGGUGGAUGCUAAUGGUGGCACCGAAUCAACUCCCGUCGAUAUAUAUAUCGGUCCAAUUGGAGUUCCGGGAGAAACGCCUUCGAAUGCGAGUCUGAUACCGGGCGGUGUCGUUCCCGUUAUUCCCGUUGUUCCACCGAAUGACCAGACUGUUACAGCAACAGACCGGCCUUCACCGGAUCAGUACGAGACAGCAAGAGAUUACCGAAUUGAGCCGUGGUACCAACAGGUGCCUAUCGGGCUGGAUUCCAAUGCCACCUUCGAAUGUAUUCAUCCACGUGACGGCCAGAUCAGCAUCACCUAUACCUGGACCAGGGAAGAUGAUCAGCCGCUACCGGCAUUUGCGCGUCCACACGGCAAGUACCUGAUAUUCGACGCCACAUCGGACGCGUCUGCCGGCAAAUACAUCUGCACCAUCAGCCCCAUCUACGAGCUGAAGAAUCUGGAAUGCGAGUUAGCCGUGUGCGAUCCAGACUUGGACGAAAACUGUCAAGUUACCAAAGAACGCCCUCCAAAACCGGUUCUCAUCUUUCCAGUGGCAGCGGCGCCGCCUACUAUUGAACAAACUACACCACCGGAUGAAGAUUCUGCUGCGCCGCCAUUGAUUACAGUUGUAUGAGAGGCACAAUCUAUUUUAUUCUAAAAAAAGCUGCCAUUUAUUUAUAAAACUUUAUAUCAGAAUGCAUUUAACUAAUUAACUGCAUGAUAAGAUGCAUUUAGCAGACCCGGCUCUACUCUAAAAAAAUAGCGGUGCACGGAAGUUAAUUAAGUAAGUAAACAAAGUCCACGAGGUGCGUAAUUACAGAUGUGCUGCAUGACUUUGUGAUUCGUGAUAGUUCCGUUUCAUGUGAAGUUUCCUGAUAGUCUAUCAAAAUGGUAAUUGGAACAGUACAAUAAAGGACAAAAUUUA